CAAGGGAAUCUGAACAACUUGUCUGAUUCCAAAUCACUUACAUCACAUUUUUACGCGCCCAGCAACCUUGAACCUUCAUCAAGCGGCUGCUGGUACUUUCUCUCGUUGAGUCGGCCUUAGCGUCUGUUGCUUUUGUUUCGGUUUUGAAAAAAUGCGUACACAAGAAGCUGCAUGUGACAUAGUAUUGGCUCGGUCAAAGCGAGUGACUGCACACCUGUCAAAACGAGAGAUUUUCUGAGACACGAUCUGUUGAAUCCUCUACACUUUUUCACUUAUAGGAAAUAUGUUGUGGAAGAAAUCUCAACCCGUGGCUUGCUAGAGUUUUAGCUAGUUUUGAAAACUAAGUUUUCUCUCUCUUUGUAUAAAAAGAUUAAUCUUUUUUACAGAUGCUCAGUCGCAUUAGGGACAGUCUUUACAGAUACUCUUACUCAGUCAAAUUAGAAGAUGUCUCAACUUGGUCUGCACGGCGGUGGGGAAACAUUGCAACAACGAGGAGGUGGAGGCCUGCAGCAAAAUGAGAGUAGGAGAAGUCCACGCCUCGAAGAAGGAGAAGAUCACGGCUUCGUCCUGGGAGUUGGACAUGACCGUGAGGUGGGACGAGAGCCACGGCCUCACGAGGACCUAGAAGAAAGACAUAACAACAACGUCGUAGAAGAGAAGAGUGAGCCUGACAAUUUAGAAGGGCAAGAUAGCCUGCAGGCUGCGUCUUUUUUCGACGGUCUUCCGACACUAGAGGGCUACUUGGGAGGUCCUCUAGCAGAUGUUGGCAGUACAUAUAGUGAUGCGUCAGAAAUAGCGAGUGCUGUGGGACAAAACGACUCCUCGGAGGAAGGAAACGGACUUCGCCAAAAAACAGAUGAAGGCGCCUCUACUUCCUCGGAGAUCUUCGAUCAACGCGGUGUUUUUCAGCUUGUCGGCUUACCUGGUGUUGGGAAAACGCGGUUACUGGAACAAAUAGUGUUACGAAAAGACAAAGAGCUAAAAGUAGUGGAACAGAUAGUGUUAGGAAAGAGGAAGAGGUAUGUUUACUGUAUAUCUGUACCAGUGUCAAGAAGAGGGCGAUUUCAUCUCAUGUGGAAUUUUGUUGACUAUCUCAGGUUUACAAGCUUAUAAUUACUGUAACUUUACUAGUGUUCUUACGAAAAGAGAUCUGACUCUUAUCAAGGAGAACCAGACUUAGGACAACUAGUGUUACGAAAUUCUGCUAUUUAAUGGCUGCUACGUACGAAGAAGAGUUGAGAAAGAUGCAGUCAUUGCGCAGUUGGUUCACUUUCACUACGCAGUGCUGUGCUUUUCGCCAGCUUCCAGGGGAGACCUACAGCUACUCUCUAACAGAGGACAAAAGAGGAACUUCCACAGUUAUGGCUGUACUGCUGAUCGUCUGUUAUAAUUUCAUUGCUUCCGCACUUUCUAAAGCAAGCAUGAUAACAGUUUACCUCGUCUUUCUGCAGGAGGAUCGUACAGGCGCUGCAACUUCAAGGUUCAAUUACAACAUGUUUAGAGUGGCAGCGCUAGUAGCUCUAAAAACAGUAAGAGCCGCAGAAAUAUCGUGGUUCUUGAUACCGAAGGUGGUUGGGCAGAUCAGCCUGGCCAAGGAAGAUGGUCUCAGGGAUGCGACCGUGGUAGCUCUCAAGAAGACUCCGACUUGGGCUCAUCUGCGACGUGUGCCAAGCAGGUGCGAAGGAAGCGGAUUUUUGAUCUACCCGAAUUGCGGAGAUUCCUUGUGGCAGAGGCUGCCUCAGAUGAAACGGUCGCCUCCGGAAAGACGAGCCACGCUUUAUUAUGGUUCAUUCUGAUGUAGACCACCAUAAUCGUCCCGAAGGAGUAUGCUAUGUGACCAUUUUUCUUCCAAAGCGUGGCAAUUCAUCCUUCAGCGAAAUCAAAGCUUUUCAUAUCGCAGUUAGUCGGAAAGCACAAACACACACCAGCACCAUUUUGCCUUUGUGAUGACCUGCUAAUCUCCGAUCUUCUGCUCAUUGACAGCUUUGCGUUUCUAGUAAGAAGCGCAGAACAAUCGUUGGAAAAUAUUGCCUCUCUCCUCUUCCAAAUGCGCAAGCUGAGUCGGACAGUUAUUCUUAUGGUGAACAGUGAAUAUAGAUAUCUCAUUCUAAACAAGUGUUAAGGAAGGUCAUGCUAACAAUAUGGGAUCGUUAAUAUGGGUCAUACUUUAUGAUAUGGGUUUACUAAAUAUCUAUGUUAUAUGUCGUGUUUAUGGGUCAUACUUUAUGAUAUGGGUUGUUACUAUACUAAAUAUCUAUGUUAUAUGUGUGUCGUGUUUAUGGCGGUCAUAUAAUGGGUAGUAUACUACUUAUGAUAUAGGCAUAUCUUCUUCAUCCAGCUGGUGAACCACGUGACACAGGGACGAGUGUUGCCAUUUGUGCCUCACUUAGAGGAGGAACUGAGGUUGGCGGAGGACCUGGAGAAGCGUUAAGAGUUGUUUUGGGACUAGAAGUUGAUCACAGUAAGAAUCAACUGUUUUGAGACUAGUCAAUUUUCAGGGAUGAUAAUUGAUUCCGUAUCAAUUUUCUGGGAUACAUAGUUUAUUUCCGGUGUCGUCCCAAAGCGUCUGAAGUAACGCCGCAUGUUUUAGGAUGACUACUUAGACCACUACUAGCGCUCUAAGAUCCCAGUCCCACGAAGACGAAAAGUUCACAGAAUGACCCGCGGCAGGCUGAUCCAGGAAAUAACGGCGAAAGUGGGGAGCUUCCACGACAAGUAGAGGAACGUCGUAAGCCAGAGACUAGUACAUCGUUGAGUCCUCCUCUGCCGGAUACUAGAUCAUCGAAUCAUCCUGGGCCAGCGAAUUUGAAUAAAAGUUAUGAACAGAGCUAGUUAGAAGUACUAGAUACUGUUUUAAUUUAUUCCUUCACAACUUAGUUGUACUAACAUUACGUACUAGCACUAGGAUCAUGUUCUUGUGGUAGACUCACCUCGUCCUUGUAAGGUAACUUCCAUCUCGCAGUACCGUAAGAUAAACCAUGACUUUUAUCGUUAUGAUCCGAUCCCUUCUAGUGGACUAGCAGAACUCGUCUCUACGGGUGCUACGGACAGCACUCUCAGAGACGCACACAUGACAUGGAUCUCUUAGAAUACUUUAUAGAACGGAUGUAGGAUGUAUACUUAAUAUCUCUUGUGGAUAUAAUACUUCGCCCUUUAACUAGGGAAGAAGGCGCCCGGUGCUUUGGCGUGUUUUGAAUUCGAUGUUUCCUCGGACGAAGAGAUGGCGACGGGCGAUCCAAGUCUCAAGCGACGAGAGAUGGAGAGCACGACUAGCGCUAGAAAGAGGUUGUCUAGUAGAAGUUUUAGACGUCCUGACCCAGCACGCGACAAUGCAGCAACCUCAUCUAGUAGGAAGCGUGCACGCACACACGACAACGCAGUAGAUGAUGUUAAGUUAUCGUCAGUUUUUGUGUUAUUCCACUUGAAGAUGGACUUUGAUAAACACACAUCACAGACAUACUUCCACAUGAUUUUACAACGAACAUGGGAUGAUCAGUGAAAUUGACAUUCAUAUUCCCUCUACGUACUACUGUAGUUUUCUUCGCUGGCAGUGCGUAGGUUGUUCAUAGUUUUUGCUACUUUUGACAUCUCCAGAAGCAGUGAUGCAAAUAAUUCGAAUUUUCUUACUCUCCCCCUGUCGCUGUCCCUCUAAAAAUGCAAGAAAGCAAACAACCUGAUAAAUCAGGAUUGAUGUGAACAAGAUUAAGAUUCUCUCGUCUAACAAGUCGCGACGAGGAAGAGUGGAUCAUGAAGCCGGCCUUGGGUCAAUUUUUCUCUCAUCUCGUGGACCAUACUGUGCUGAUCACAAAGGGACCACAGCUGACACUGCUCAAAAGCAUUUCUAUGGAAUGCUGAUGGAGGGCUGACGUUGGAAAGCACUUUCUGACGUUGAAAGUAGAGCACUGUGGUCCUCCUGAGCAUCGUGCUGAGCGUUGGAGGGCGAAAGAGAAGAGUCAGACGAAGGCAGAAGUGGCAACCUCGUAAGAUUAAGGCUCGACUUUCAAUGGUCGUUGGGGUCGGUCACUGAGAUCGAAGAGGCGGCCCCUUGAGAGAACAGGGGAAAACGAAUGGAAAGGGGAGAGCUUUAAAGGGGGUCGCUUCCGUUCAGAGUCCGCGACCAAUGGGCGCUGAGCUCAAUGCUUUCAGCCGAUCCCUUCUUUGUGGAUGUUGAAAAUAGUGCAUUCCCAUUCUCCAUGAGUUGAGAACAUUGGGUGUAGUUGUACUUAGCAUACCCUACAGAAAUGUCGACGCGAAUUUUCGUGUCAGAGAAGAUUUUGGUGUUGUAGUUCGUUAGUAGAACAGCACUGGUUGUGACUUGGUAUAGCACUCCGCACGAUUUUGGUAUUGCUCGACUGACAGAGCACUGGCGAGUUCAUACCAAUCUUCGGAUCAUCAUCCUCGCAUACCUUACUAUCUAAGAUUGUUACGAUUCUCUAUCAUCGUAAAAAGCUGAAGAAAAGGUGAGAUAGUCGCUCGUAGAUUAACUUCGUCUUCUGAUCAAACACCGAGUGACUGGGUGGAAUAUCAAAAAGCGGUAUUGUAUUGUAGUCAGACGAGUACGAGAGAAGGAACAGUAUCGUAUCGUUCGUGUAAACGAGAUUCACAAAUAAUGGGACAUUGUAGUUCUCAUUGCACCUUUCUUUGUAGUUCUCAUUACGACCGUACGAGGGACGUUGCUCCUACUAACACAAACACCCUUGCUCUAAGUACUUAUAAAGUAGUUUAUUGAUUGAAGCUGAGGGCCACCCGCUGUCCGAAAAUAAAGUUUCAUUGGUCG